AGGAGAAUUGCUUCCUGGGCUGCCCGUACUUGCUAUGGUCGACUGAGCGGUCACAGAGCUUAACAAAAAUGAAACUUUUUCCGGAAGCUUCUAGAAAACCUCAUUAACCACUUUAAUUUGAAGGCAUUACGUGGUAUCAUAUGCCUUCUUUCCCUUUAAAAAAAUUCACUAUACAUUUUUCAUCUAUUUGCCAGCCUCCAAAAUGGCGCCGGCGGCAUUGGAAGGUCAGAGGUGAGCUACGUGAUCCCUCCCGGUUCCGGCGCGAUAGAGGCCCAGGGAGGUGAACGAUCUCCGGCACGAUGUCUGGUUUCUCUGGCCCACAGGCCCAGCGUGGCCCUUGCCCGUUAGCGUUGCUGCUUUUACUCCUGCUUGGCCCCACCUCGGUCCUCGCCAUCUCCUUCCAUCUGCCCGUUAACUCCCGCAAGUGCCUCCGCGAAGAGAUCCACAAGGACCUGCUGGUGACGGGCGCGUACGAGAUCACCGACCAGUCUGGGGGCGCCGGCGGCCUACGCACCCAUCUUAAGAUUACAGAUUCUGCUGGCCAUAUUCUUUACUCCAAGGAGGAUGCAACCAAGGGGAAAUUUGCCUUUACCACUGAAGAUUAUGACAUGUUUGAAGUGUGUUUUGAGAGCAAGGGAACAGGGCGGAUACCUGACCAACUUGUGAUCCUAGACAUGAAGCAUGGAGUGGAGGCGAAAAAUUACGAAGAGAUUGCAAAAGUUGAGAAGCUCAAACCUUUGGAGGUAGAGCUACGACGCCUAGAAGACCUUUCAGAAUCCAUUGUUAAUGAUUUUGCCUAUAUGAAGAAGCGAGAGGAAGAGAUGCGUGAUACCAAUGAGUCCACAAACACUCGGGUCCUGUACUUCAGCAUCUUUUCAAUGUUCUGCCUCAUUGGUCUAGCCACCUGGCAGGUCUUCUACCUGCGUCGCUUCUUCAAGGCCAAGAAGUUGAUUGAGUAAUAAAGCCCAGUCUCCUCCCACCUUGUAUCUUAGCCAGCAGAACAUCGCUGGGAUGUGCGUGGCCUAAGGCAUCCUACCAGCAGCACCAUCAAGGCACGUUGGAGCUUUCUUGCUAGAACUGAUGUCUUUUGGUGUGGGAGGACGUGGGUUACCACCUACACCCAAUAAGUCAAAGAGGGACUUCUUUUUAACUUGGUAGGAUUUGGACUGGUUUUGCAACAAUAAGACUAUUAUAAGAGUCACCUAUGACAAAAAAUAGGGGUUACCUAGAUAAUGCCAAAGCCAGCAUUUGUACUGGGUUUCCUCGUAUGAUCUGUUUGAACCAUGUUUUCUUUCCUUCUCCACUUGCUCACCAGCUUGGGCUUCCACUCUAGUUCUUUUACCAACAUUUGUAUGACCAUGUUGAACUUGUUUCAUUCUGAUUGUCCUCUUUGGAUUUCUGUGUGACAACACUAUUAACUUUCUCUUGACCCUUAGCUGAAAUGUUUAGAUAGCUUCUGGUGAUACCCUUUCAUAAUUUUAUGUCUCUUGAAAGUGUAAUGGAUGUGACACCUCAUAGAACUGAGCUUUGAACUGUAGAUUACUCUUAAAGAAAAUUUCAUUUUAGAGAAUUAAAAUACUUGUGCUCAGCCGCUUGAACUUUUUCUUUUUGUGUAUUUAUGUGUGUUUAGUUCCAUGCAGUUUUAUCACAUGUAUGGAUGUGUGACCACCACCACAAGAUGCAGAACCGUUUCAUCACAUGGAUCCCUUGGGGUACCCUUUUAUAGCCACAGUCACCUCCUUCCUUAACCCCAAGCCCCAACCUCUGGCACCACUAAUGUGUUCUCCAUCUCUCUAAUUUUGUCAUUUCAAGAAUGUUAUAUAAAUGGAAUCACAUAGUAUAUAACCUUUUGAGAUUGACUUUUUUCACUCAGCAUAGUGCCCUUGAAAUCCAUCCAAGUUGUUGCAUAUAUCACUAGUUUGUUCCUCUUUAUUGCUCAUUAGCACUUCAUGGUGUGGAUGUACCACAGUUUAACCAGUCACCCACUGAAGGACAUCGCUGUUGUUUUCAGUUUUGGGCCAUUACUAAUAAAGCUGCUGUGAACAUUCAUGUACAGGUUUUUAUGUGAACAUAAAUUUUCAUUUCUCUGGGAUAAGUGCCCAAUAGAGCAGUUGCUGGGUUAUAUGGUAAACACAUGUUUAUUUUUGUAAGAAACUGUCCUGCUCUUUUUUCGGAAUGACUGUGUCAUUUUACGUUCCUACUAGCAAUGUAUGACCAAUCCAGUUUCUCCACAUCCUCACCAGUAUUUGCUAUUUUUUUAAAAAUUUUUUUAGUCAUUCUGAGAGGCAUGUGUAAUGAUAUUCAUUGUGGUUUUAAUUUGCAUUUUCCUAUUAGUAAAUGGUGUUGAACAUCCUUUCAUGUGUUUAUUUGCCAUCUGUAUAUCUUCCUCGGUGAAAUAUCUGUUCCUUUGCCCAUUUUAUGAUUAGAUUGUGUGUUCUUUUUACUACUGAGAUUUUUUUUUUUUAAUUGAAGUAUAGUUGAUUUAUACUUUUGAGUUUGAGGAGUCCUUAUAUAUCCUAGAUACAAGUCCUUUGUCAGUUAUGUGGUUGCUUAAAUUUUUAACAUAACUUCUACAAAGGAAAAAAAUAAGUAAAAUUUAUGAAGACUUUACAUGGCAAGUCACUGACUUAAUUUCUGUUCUUAUGUAUUCCAUCUAGAGAAUUAGGACAUAUGAAGUAUUAAAAAGUAACACAUCUGGAAGGAUCAUGAAUCGAGUAAAUACCUGAAAAUGUAUGUUAUAAAAGCAAAUCCAAUAAUCACUUUGGGAAUAUGAGGUGCCUAAAGGCCAAUACUAAGGUAAAUAAGAGAAAGUGUGGACACGAAUGACCAUGUUCAUAAACAACAGUGAAAAAUAACAUCACUUGAUACUUUCCCCACUUCUCCCAAUAAAGUGGGUGGGAGUUUGUCCUUUCUGUAAUCUCUUUUUUUUUAACCCUACUGACUGUUACAGGGCUUGUCCCAUCGCAGUGACAAGCAUUACAGGACUUAGGGCUCUGCAGCUUGCAGUUAAGAAGCAGCAUGUUGGAAUUAACAGAGAACGGUGCUGUCAUGACCUGGAUAAAGUACAAAGGGGAAAGAGGGAGUGAGUUAUGUUGUUAAACUCUCAGGCUGUUCUGUAAAUGUUCCAGCUAUUGUGAACCCAAAAGCCUUUUUUCCCCCUCUUUUGACUCCCUGUAUGCAUUCCUCUGGUGUGGCAUAAAAGUAGUUCUUUCAUUAAUUUGUGCAACAUUGCCAUCUGCUGUUAAGAAUUGAUAGAUACUGUUUCUGAGAACCUGGCAGCCAAAUCUCACCAUAAGGGCAGCAGAUGUUGAGAAAGUCUAUCUGUGGUAUUACAUAUACUAAACAACAGAGGAUACAUCCAAGCAGGGAAGAGAAUAACCAAAUUUGUGAGUUAAGAUCCAUCCUUAGACGUUUAAAGGUGAAAUACUGUUCUGUACCAUUAGCCUAACAAGAAACUCUUUCAUAUUUCUGACUGGUGCCUUUCCCCUUUUUAGAAACAAUGAAAGCUACUCAGUUGGUUAUAGUCUUCUGUUCUGACAAAAUGUCAAAGAAGAAGAUAGGAGAGGAAAAUAUUUUAUUUUGCUGAUGUUUUGUUCCCAAAUGUGACUUUGUGAAACUGAAAUUCUUUCCUGUCCUUUCCUUUUACUCAUGCCAAGACUACAAACUUGGAAUUUGUGCUUUUGGUUUAAAGUUCGUUGAUAUCACAAUUUGAUUUUAUCUAAAAAGUAAAAUUAUUUGCCUUUGAUAAAAGACUAGUGCAAGAGCAAAUCAGCUUUAAAAACGAAUAUGUUAUCUGCUUUCCUCCAUUUUUGAACCUGUUAUUCAACAAAGCCUGUAAAUUAUUGAUGAAAAUGAUAGUUUUAAGUAAGCUUUGUUAUACCAUUGUCAUAAACCCCUGUCAUAAGCUGUUUUUCUGUUUGUUUAAUGGAAAGAGGCAUGUGGGAUUUAUGGAUUUAUACAGAUUCACUUGUAAGUGUUGGAUUGGGGAUUUUUGUGUAAAUUUUCUCAAAUAAAGGCUAGCAGAAACUA